UUUGUGGACUAUCUCGGUCUCUGUAUCUGUAUUUCUUCGCGUGUGUACUCAUCACACAUGUGCUUCAUAAGGGAAGUACACCCUCUAUAAAAUGCGCUAAAUAAAUCAAAUUUUUAAAUAAAUAUUAUUAGACAUUUCUCAUUAAUAUUUUAUUGAAAUGUGAACCGUUCAGUGAUUAUUAGUGAAAUGGGCAUUACUAAUUGAGGGCAUCGAAAUGAAGAAAUUCGGCGUUUUUGCAUGGAUAUUUUUGGUCGCCCUUACAGACGUGUCAAGAUGCGUGGAUGUCCAUUUCGAAAACAAAGAUGGAGGCUUCUUUCUGAAGCAUUCACCUAGGCAACACUACCAGCCAACAUCCGAAAUUAACGUACCGCCAGGCUCACUCCUUUCCAUCGAUCGCUUUACUGUAUUUCAAACUUCGCAGCCUAUAUCUGUACGAGCCACUUACGGCCCAUUCAGUACCAAACAAACAGUACCCGCUCGAUACGUAGUGCCCGAUCCGUUACCGCUAAACACGUCAAUUACUCCGACAGAAUUACAAGAUUUGGCAACCCACCACUUGGACAUGUCCGCUCAUAUUGUGCGAAACGAGAUUCCCAGAGAUUCUCCUGUACUAAGGGUGCUAUUUCACACCGGUACCGAUCCUGGAAAUCGGAGGCAGCUGCUCUUCUCGCGUCACCAUCAGAAAGUGUGCAUCGUUUUGCACGCCACUCUUGCGAAUCGACCGGUACUGUCGGCCGCUUGCAGUCCCGAUGGUGAAGAUGGCGUUUGUCUGGCUCAGAUAACGAUACCUUCGUCCUGGUGGCCGCCGUUACCACCGCCAGAUAAAGAAGGUAGACCCGGGAAAACGCUAAAGUCACCACCAAGGCUGGUGCAAGUCGCCUAUUCACUUCUGGAACCACGACCUAGCGAAGAAGAUAACUGCCAACCAAGGAUACAAUUCCAGCCGUCGACGGUUUUAGGAACGGUGCCUUUAGUGCAGGCGAAAGCUGCUUAUAAAGAACUGAAGCUGACGGAAGGAUUAACAAUGCUUGUACCUCAUCCUCCGCUGUUUCCACUGUCACGAAUGCACAUACCCGUUUUUCUCGAGAGGGAGAAAGCCAAACUUCUAACUGCGAUCGUUGUCAGGGGUCGAGUGAAGAGCGGAAUACGAAUACUAAAUGCAACCCCAAGUGAUUCAUCUUCAUGGAAUGUAACAGUAGAAAUAAACCCGAGACAUACGGGUGCUUCUGUCACGGCUUUGCGAAAAGAACCAAUCGAUCCGGAAGUUGACGCAAAUUCCGCUGGCGAAGUUCAAGAGCUGUUCACAUGGCUAAUUGAGGUUACUGAAGACGCGGCCGAGUUGUACGAAGGAGCGCGCGUAGUUUGGUCAAUGAAACUAGAGCCUAAUCAAGAAGAAGGCGAAAUGCCGGAAUCGCACCGUGCCGAUGGCAAAAAGUCUACCUCGCGUUUAGACAUACAGAAGGACGAUAUUCAAGCAGUGGUGCCGAUUAGUAAGAACUGGGAGGUUUUGAACACCGCAGUGCUAACGGGAAGGCAAGUAUCUCAGGCUAUGAAGGUUCUAAUAGUUUCGCAAGCGGGUAAAGCUGCAGAUGUUACUUUUCAAGCCUCUUGUCAUUCUGAAGAUGAUAGUGUGCUAAAAGUAUCGUCGUCGUGUAGUUCUGUUUACGUCGAUGGAAGUGAAGCUCGCGGUUCUGUUAAUGGUUCUGUUUUAGUCAAGUACGGCACUUACACUGGACUUGCCCGCUUUACAGUGUGGAUGCCUGAAUUUCCGCUCGAUUUGCAAGUUUUUGAUGUAAGGCUGUCCCAAAUUAAGUCUUGGAAAGUACCUGACUACCACCAGAGUGGGACAAAAAUUAAACGGAAAAAGCGCUCCUACAAUACCUGGGGAACGAAUAGUAUGAUUACAGAUGACAUGGGUAACGUUUUGGAACGUCCCAGUUGUCGUUUACGCUAUCAGCAAAGUCCUGUGGACGUUUACGCACAUUUUAUGGCUAGCGAUCACGAUUCUGGCCGGGUUACGUACUUGGUUAAUAGACGUACGUGGUUACGCGUCACGGAUUUGGUACUUCCACUGCUUAGAGUGAGCGAUCCUCGUAUUGCCAAUCUUCGAGGAAGAAUCUUGCAAGGCCGUAGUAUGGGACGAACUGAAGUUCAGGUACUUUCGCCAAUUACGGGACGGGUAAUAGGGGCUAAGGAAAUACGAGUUGGUAAUGACAAAACAGGAAUAUCAAGGCUAUCGGUUCAGGUCGUCUCUGGUCUGCAACUUAACAUAUCCCCAGACAGCGUGAAUGAGAACGGAUACAUCGCGGAGACUAGUGUCACCCGUAAACUAACAGCGCAGUACCAAGAAGGAUUGCUGGAUAUAGAACUUGAGUUUUCUGACGGCAGUAGAACUCCGCUUCGCGAGGUGCCAGAUACGGACUAUCACCUGGUGGUGGAAAGUUUGGAUCCUGAAGUCGUCGCUUUCGCACCUAUGGUCGCCUCGCAUCACCCCCGCGUGAUUGCGGUGGGCGAAGGAAGCGGCGACUUAUUACAAAUUACGUUGCUUCUACCAGAGGAAUGUCGUGGUACAACCAGACCUAAGCUAAAGGGAAAUGGACCGUUAGCAUCUGCUGCCGCUUCGGUCACUGUCGACUUUAGCGCCAGCGAUUUACCGCAUCGGCCCGACAUUUUACAAAACGACGGUGGUUCUUACAGUGGAUCGAAAAUGGGACGGGAUUUUCACGAUUUACAAGACAUUUUGAAAGGUACUGCCAUAAGGGAUGAUGAUAAUGACGAACCGAAUGUACAAGCAAGGCAACAUCAAGGUGGAAAAGGCAUAAUAAGGCAUCAUGCACCGAUGAACAUGACCCCCUUGGAAAUCAGCAUGUACGUCUUACUUGCCGCCUUUUGUUUUGCUAUUGUGAUUUUUGUCGUAUCGUGUAUGGUUUACGCUUCCAAAUUUAAACCAGUCGAACCGGGUACUCACGGUUUAACCGCGGCGCCAGUCGCGUUGAAUCCUCAAAAAGAAAGGAAGCCGCGCGAAACCACCACCAACGCCCACGAUUGGGUUUGGUUAGGAAGAGCAACUUUAGAACACACUUCAAAUAGGUCUUCGACGGUGAAUAAUAAUCCUCCCGAAAUUCGAAUCACUACCAACCCUUUAAAUAUGAAUUAUUGCGAUCCCGAGGACUGCGUACCAUCCAGCUUUAGUAAUCCUACUCACAUAGAACUACCCAGCAGUUCAGCAGUACCGCCAACGAACGCUAGUCAAGUGGACAGUGCUACCUACUGUAAGAGCAAACCUGGUGGAGGAAUCGCUAAUUCUAACACUACUAACGAUGAACUUGAUAUUUGGAAUAAACCAACUCCACCACCUCCUCUACCUCCACACGCCCAUCCACCCAUACCGCCUGAACGGCAUAAGAUACAAAUAGAAACUGCAAUCGACGAAGACUACAGACCGCCAGUACCUCCCCAUCGAAAUAUCGGCGUGACUGCGCGCAUUAGCUCGUUAGAGUCACCGCCGCCUCGUAAGCACCAUCAUCAUCACCAUCGCGGAGGUAAACAUUCGCAAGACGCGAACAAAUAUGAAAAUCAUCCACCUCCAGAAAAUUGUAAGCACUUUAACGUCAAUGAGAAACUCGACGGCGAUUGCGACUUUAAAUACGCGGAGGAUACCGAAAAUCCACCAAAAAAUGUUUUCGAGUUUGACGAUGAGCCUGUCGCUAUAUCACCCGUAGAAAACCCUGUCAAAAUUCGACACAAGAACUUACAGAAUGGCAAUGAAGAUGACGUACAAUUCGUGCAUUUACCACAUCUAGACACAAGUGGAAACGGGAAUAGGAGUCCAAAAGUUAAAAGGGCAACUAUUGUAGGCAAUCCAAUGUUUAGUACUGAAGACCAGUUAACGAAGGACGACGUACCCGCAGAGUUAUCCGGUUUAGACGAAUUAGGAAUGGAUUAUGAGCAAAUUAUGCACUAUUUUGAUAACCUUAAAAGAAAUGUUUGUUCCAGGAAUCGAAUGCCUGAGUAGAAGAGAUCAUUGCAAAAAUCCAAGACAUUCUGUUGUCGUUCAGUGAACAAUAUCGAGCAAGUGCACUUAACGGCAAUAUUAUGUGCGGGAAUGUGAAUCAAAGUUUUGAAUACUUCUUUGAUUAUUUAAGCGAGUCGUAUGCUUAAAUGUGACAAGCUAGUUAGAUGUCGGGUCAAUUACAUUUUAGCCUUGCCUACAUCUGUUAAUAAUACAUUAAUUAGCGAA